CUGAGUGGGGCAUACGAAACAAAUUGUUUACUCUCACAGUGGACAAUGCUAGUAACAACAACACUGCAUGUGACCUGUUGGUAGAUACUCACAAGUAUGAGUUGAUGCUUGAGGGUGCACAUUUGCAUGUGAGAUGUUGUGCGCAUAUCCUGAAUAUUUUGGUUCAAGAUGGGAUGAAAAUUAUUCAUGAGGGGAUAAAGAAGAUUCGGGAGCUCUUGAAGCACAUUGUCUCUUCGCCCUCAAGAAUGCAAGCUUUUAAUGAAAUUGCAGUAGUGAAUGGUCUUCCAACAAAACGUGGUAUUGCUCUUGACAUACCCAACCGUUGGAAUUCCACCUUCAAGAUGGUUGCAGAAGCAAUCAAGUACAAGACCGUCCUGAAUAGCUAUGCAAAUCAACAUGCAGAAAUUCCUCCAAAUGAACAAGAAUGGAGCACAGCUGAUUCAAUCUGUAAGUUUCUUAAAACUUUUGAAGAGGCUACAAAAGCAAUAUCAGCUCAUAGGAAACCAACUUCAUACAUGUUCUUGCCUUUAAUUGUUUCAAUUCGGGAUGCCUUGGAUAACCCUUCUUGGCAGACAAGUGUGGCACUACAAGACCUGGCUGCAGCCAUGAGGAUCAAGUUUGAAAAGUAUUGGGGUAGAGAUUUUGAUGAGUCAAACCAGCCUAUUCCUCGCAGAAAUAAAAAGGAUUAUGAUGUCAACCUUGGAAUUGUUAUUGCAACAAUGUUAGAUCCGAGGGGAAAAGCAGAAUAUGCAGAGUUCUUCUACCAGAAGAUUUGUAGCAAUAUAGAUCAGAUUGAUUCAAGUGUUGAUGCUGCUCUAGUUUGGAUGAAAAAAUACUUCCUGGAGUAUGAGCAACGCUUGAGGAGAGUUAAUGCAUACUCUGUUACAUAUUCAAGUGAGGGCAGCAUUUGUGUGGGCUCACCGGUGCUUGCGAAAAGGCAGCUAGGAUCAGAAUUUGCAAACUUCAAGUCAAGUCGAAGAAAGACUCGUCCACCAAAAUCUGAAUUUGACAUCUACUUUGAAGAAGAUUGUGUGGAAGACAUUGAAAACUUUGACAUUUUGGCUUGGUGGAAGGCACAUGCUGAGAAGUUCCCGAUCUUAUCAGUUAUGGCACGUGAUUUCCUCGCCAUUCCUCUUAGUACCGUUUCUUCCGAAUCAGCCUUUAGUCUUGGAGGUAGGAUUCUUGGGGAGUCAAGAAGCUCACUAACUCCAGAGAUGUUAGAAGCCCUUGUGUGUGGGAAAGACUGGUUAUUCAAGGAAAAAGAUGCAGACAAUGAAGGUCAACAAAUUAGUGAAGAUCAGACUAGUGAAAUGGUCAUCUUUGCCACUCCAUCAGACUAGUGAAAUGGACUGAAUUCUUGGAUGCUGUUGCGUAGAGGUUUCUCUUUUAAAUGCUUUAACUUUUGUAUUACCAUGUUAGCAGAAAACCUUAUUUCUUUGAAGUAUUUCCAUGUUUUCAGUUAAAAUUCAGUCCCCUUUUUUGUUUCUGCCCCAGCUAUUUUUUGUUGGUGGUAACAGCCAAAAUGGAGGAAGUUCUUGGCUCAUGUGGGACCUGGAGCUCUUGUGGCCAUUGGCUUCCUGGAUCCUAGCAACUCGACUUGUGGAUCACUUGAAGCAGGUAUGAGACAUGUGCAUUGGCAUUUGGCAGGUGCAGGAGCAAAGUGAGAAUGACAUGGACAAGCAAAGGCCAGAAGAACCAGAAACUGGUGGCCAACAAAAGAUAACGCAACUCGCCGAGCUCCUGUGAGGAGAUAAGCAUCAGGGUUGGACGAUGGCAACAACCAGGGUCUGGUCGGCAGUUGGGUCGUCGUCUCGUCUCUCCAGCUAGGGAGCAACCAAGCACAAGCAAGCGUGAACAACCUAUAUAUAUAUAUAUAUGUAACAUAGAUCUUUGCAACUUGUUUGACUACUAGUAGCUAUCUAAUAGGUUCUUAUUGGGUUGUAACCAUAUUUGGCAAGCAGUUUGUAUAACUUAUGCACUGAAAAGUUUGGGGUGGUAUGGUGUGUGAAGGUGGAAGUUUGAUUUGGGGUGAGUUAAAUUUAUAUAUUUGUGAGAA